AUGGCAUCGAUCACACAGCAAUACACUUACCCAAUUCGACCACUGCCUAUACGGCCCAAUCGUGCACAACCACCAAACAAGGAGCUUCAGUGGACUUCAGCAUAUGAUAACGUGUUCCACCAAUACGCCAAUAUUGAAGGACUGGAGGUCGGGACAUGCAACCCUGCAGCACUCGCAUACCCAACUGCGGCAUCCAACGAGCCAUCACCCGUGGUUCCCAAUAUCUACCCAGGGCCGUCCCAGCACAACAGAUUGUGGAGUGCGAAUUCAUUCGAUGCAAAGGACAUUCACCAACCUUCGCCGACUUUCAGCCCGUGGUUGGGCGAUGAGAGCGAGAGCAAUCUACAUUAUCCCAUGCGAUCCCAGCCGGUAGCGAGGAUUCCAAGCUACCACAACGACUUAUCAAUGUCAGGCUUGCGAAUAUCUUACGAUCCUACACUUGCGCCGUCACGAGUCGAAGAGACGGCGAGCGAGAUGUACUUAGGCAGAUCGAGGAGAGAGUCACGCACACCAUCGACACCACAUCGUCAGCAGCGAACAUCAUCACCGGACACACCGUCACCUCGGCGGCGCCAACGGCGGACACCUUCAUUAAAAGGUCACAGUCGUAAGUCAUCAGGACAGGUGCAGAGUCCACGAGCAACAUCGAGCAGUUUCGUGAACUACACAGCAUCAGACAGCGAGAAGUUGUUGACCGGAGUAGCACCUUCGGGCAGUAGCAAGACCAAGGCACGACGUGAAAGGGAGGCGGUGGAGAAACGGCGAAGGUUUAGCCAGGCUGCGCUCAAGGCGGUAGCCAAAGCAGGGGGUGACUUGGGUGAGCUGCGAGAUGCAGGGCUGAUGAUGGGGUAG